GAGCGGCUAAUGAAAGAGUGGAACUCACCUGUUUACGCAUUUUUUGACCCAACACCACAAGUCAUCGAAAUUGCUGACCACCGUGCGCACGAAUUCAAGUGCAAAGCAAAGGGUUGCAAGGUUAAAGUAAGACACUUCCUCGACAAGGGUGAUGCGCGAUCCACAGGUAACAUGCGGAAGCAUGUGCGCUUGUGUUGGGGAGACGAAGUCUUGAAAGCUGCAGAUAGUGCGAAGGAUGCAAAUGAAGUGCACAACAAGAUUGUUGGCAGUAUUCUGCAAAAUGGAUCCAUUACUGCAUCCUUUGAACGCAAAGGCAAAGGCAAAAUCACAUAUGCCUUCAGAGCGGAAAUUGUGUGUUGGGUAUCCGAGAGCCUGCGUCCAUUUGAUAUCGUCAAGGAUCGUGCGUUUCAGUCGCUGAUGAAGACAGGGAGACCCGAGUACUACUUACCUUCCCCAUCCACUAUUUCUCGCGAUGUCCGACUCAUAAAAGAUCAAAUAUUAAAAAUGUACCAGGAACACAAAGGCAAAAUUAACUUUACUACAGAUGGUUGGACAUCACCCAACCAUCGCGCACUAGUCGCCUUUUCGGCCCACUUCGAGCACAAAGGGGAGCCACUAACUAUACUAUUAGAUGUUGUUGAAGUCGGGAAGGUAAGACUCACCAAUCGAGUGUGCGCAUAUAAACUAAUGAGACUAUAG